AUGUCCACUGUCUCCAGAAAUCCUACCCUAAACAAAGACCAUAAGCCCCCGAAACUCAUCACCUUCCAAUCAACAUUCCUUAAGAAUGAUCACGAACAGAUUCGCAUAACCAAGGCAUCAGAAGCCAUCAUAUUCGAGAAAUUACCUUUGAUUCAGGUAAUAUUUGACUCAAAACUUAAUGGGACGUUCAAAGACGACAAAGAUCAAAUUUGUUAUGAUCCAGAGCACGCAAGAACGGAAAGGCCCGCAUUCCCCAAAAUCUCAGGAAGGAUAGUCUAUAUGUACAAUUUGAUCCAGUCAAGCCUCAAGAAUAGAGGACGGGAAUACGAACAAAUUGUAAAAUGGAACACUGGAACGCUUUGGACGAUGAUUGAUUGUCUUGUACGCUUCUUGGAUGGGAAACCUUUGCCUCUCGAUUCUAAGAUGGGUCUUAUGGAAAAACAUUGGGACCUGGAAUUGAUAGGUAUUGAAGUACUGGCAAUAUACCUUGGAUGCACUGAGAUAGAUAAGAAAACUGUGCGCAACGCGUUGAUUUCAUAUAUGCGCCGGCUUCCUACCUCUGAUUUCGCAAAUUCUAGCAGUUCCUUGGAGAAAACAUCCGAAAUAACGAAUCGUGCGAAAAUGUUUAAUAGGAACAACUCCGGACAAGCUGAGAUCAUUGACUUGACCGAAGAAGAUCACAUUAGUCCCCCCAAGACUAUUAAGGAGAAAUCACGAUCAGCGCCCAAGUCGCAGAAAUUAAAUGCAGGCCAAUUGGCUUCUAUUCCAAAGAGGUUGAGGACCGAACCUCCUCCUGGUUCUACAUUAAAAAAGUCCAUUCAGGCAGCCCAGUCAAAACUGAAUCCACGGAAGUCGAAUAAUGGGAAUCAGCCAGCUGCUAAUCUACACGAUUCGAGAAGCUCAAUACAAUCGAACCAAAUUUCAAAGGGACAAAAGAAAUCAAAACAAUCAACUCCCACUCUACGAAGAUCGAACGAAAAAUUAUAUCAAAUUACCACCUCCCGGACGCCAAUAGAAGAAACUCGAUCAAAAUUUUCCCGUCUAGGUCCUCAAUCUAUGCCAAUUGACGCUUAUAUUAGCCUUAACGAAACAUACGGUUGCUUUCUUCAUGUGCACAUAGGCUCAGCAACGAAAGGAUCAGGACUGAUUGGCCGACUACUGCAGGACUUGCACAUGGGAUUCUUUAACAACGGAGAAAUGUCGAAAGUUGUUGGGAAGGGUCGCAACGGGAAACCUAUGUUAGUUUGGGAUGAAGUAUUGAAAUACUUCAGCGUACCUGGAAAUGUGGUCGAAAAUAUGCUAUCAUGGAGUGAAGAUGAUCGCUGGACGCCCAUGGUGAUGUUCAUUGAGCGCUGUCAACUGGAUCGUACUUUGUGGCAAGAUUGGGAUGAGCGAGAUUUAGCUCUCGCCAACUAUUUCGACAUGUUUGUGAAGGCUACUCCUGGGGCGAAAGAUGUCUAG